UCUUGACUUCUUGUGCUUAUCUAUUCAACUGACAGUUGUUGUUUAAUGUGACUGAUAACUAGAGAAAGAGCAGAUUAUUUUUGUUGCAAAUUUAUCAGUAACUCAGCUUACCAAAAUGACCACAAAAUGGGGCAUUGUGAGUGCCGGAAAAAUUAGUCACGAUUUUGUGGCUGCUGUAAGAGGCUCCAAUGAUGGGGAACAUGAGUUUGUUGCAGUUGCUGCUAGAAGUUUAGAAUCUGCAGAAGCGUUUGCAAAAGUACAUGGAAUACCAAAAGCAUAUGGAUCAUACGAAUCUAUAGCCAAUGAUCCAAACGUUGAAGUUGCUUAUAUAGGCAGUAUCACAUCACAACACUUUUCUUUAGCAAAGCUAAUGCUAGAAAAUCGAAAACAUGUUCUACUAGAAAAACCCAUGACGACAAAUUUGAAGGAAACAAAAACCCUGUGUGAACUAGCCAAGAAAAACAAGCUAUUUUUAAUGGAGGCUUUGUGGAGUAGAUUUCUUCCCUCAUACCAUUUCUUAAUGGAUCUCGUUAGGAAGGACACAAUUGGAAAGAUUGUUCAUGUUGAUGCUCAUCUUGGAGUUGCAAUGUUAGACAGAGAAAGAAUAGUGAAAAAAGCAUAUGGUGGUGGAGCAAUUCUAGAUAUUGGAAUAUAUCCUCUUGCCCUGGUGUCUCUGAUUUAUGGUGGGGAAAAACCGAUGCGCAUUGCUGCAGUUGGUCAUCUUAAUGAAGAUGGGAUAGAUAUUGGAGCCACCUGCAGUUUACAAUUUAGCAAUAAUCGUACUGCAAGUAUUACGACUAGUGCAAUAGCAAGUUUGCAAAAUGAUGCUACCAUCAUUGGAACUCAUGGACAAAUUAAGAUUCCAAAUCCAAUGUAUGUCGCUACUGAAAUCCAUACUGAGGAGGAAAAUUUCUCAUUCUCUCUGCCAGAACCAAUUAUACCUCCUAAUUAUCCCAACUCCACUGGACUCAUGUAUGAGGCAUAUGAAGUUCGAAGAUGCCUUAAGGAAGGUCUUUUAGAAAGUUCAAAAAUGCCACAUAAGGAUUCUGAACUCCUGGCAGAAAUCAUGGAUGAAAUUCGGAAAGAAAUUGGAGCAGGAAAAUAAAUUCUAUUUGCUAUUAAAACUUAUUUGUACUUUAUUUCUACAAUGUCAGAGUGAUUAAAUCUGUCAAAGCUACAUGAGCACUGUUUUUAAACUGAAAUAAAAUAAAAGUAAGAUUUGUCGCAUAA